CCGCACAGGAGCGCGUCACCGACACACGAUAAACAUUGCGACACUACCUCUAAUUGAAGGGCUCACACCGGGCCCCUAGAUGAGCACUGCGGGGCGUACUUUACAAGAUGGCAUCUUUCAAAGACUGGCUGACGGUAACAUGGUCACAGAGUGGCAUGCAGCUUCAGCCAGGAGACGCCGGCGCCGGCGACGACGACUCGCUCCGAACACGAUAUGGGCGAGCUGGUAGCCUGGCAGCCACCCCUGGUGAGAAGCUGAUGGAACUGCUGCGACCAAACACGGGCACUCCUCGCCGGCACUCCACCGCAGCCUGCGCUCCACCGCAGCCCAGACCGUCAGGCUUCGUCUACUGUCCAUCAGACGCGCUGCCAUACUGCCCACCGUCCCGAUUAGCUCCACCACGCCCAGUGAAGUUACCACCGCCCCCAUCGCAGCCAAUCCAGCCAGUCCAGACGCAGAAGCCACCCCCAGUUCCCCAGCGGUCUGUGGCCCCGUGUGUCACAAUGUCGGUGCCGCCUCCGCCCGCACCUCCCCGCCGUCGCUCACCGCAGCCCCCCCGCCGGGUUCCACCACCUACGCCCCCAAGACCCAGUGCAGACCCUGGCAUACGACGUACCCAAACACGGAUAGAAAACCCACCUCCACCAAUUCAACAAAGUAUUCCGCAAAUGCCUGUCCAACCUAUCAUACCCAGACGUAUUCCUCAAAAGAUCCUUGACAAUCCCCUCCCCCCGGUGGCUACACAAAUGAAGCAAUCGCCAAGUUCCGGCUCCAAUAUCAGCGUCAGACAGGACUCGAACGUGUCUUCAGACUCCUUCAGCCAGACCUCGUCCCCGUCUUACACGACUAAAACCAUGGAGGCUCCACUACUUCCUCACCAACAUUUGAACAAGAGUCUCAACGCAAAGAUCGCCCGAGGUCUCUUAUUGAAAGAGCAACAAGAGAAGGAGAAUGCAAACUCUUCCAUCACGAAGAGCAUGUCCACUCCUGCUUCCUUGCAGACCAUAGUGAGGAUUCAGAAUGGGAGCAACAUGUCAUUACAUCACAGGAUGCUCCACAAUAUUCGCGGCUCCAGCACGGACUCAUCAGCUCACAGGUUCCGCAUGCUGCAGCUGGCACUCAACGCUGUCGCCUUGCUCGCCAUCACUGGGGCAUUCUUUGCUUACUUCCGGGCUAACCCCGCCGUGCAGUACGUGUCACAGGUCGUGAACCGCUCCACGCUCGUUACGUGGCCCGCCGCCGCUCCAACUCCGGGCCCCACCGCUCGCAACCCUGCGCCUGGCGUCUGUCUGCCCGUGAUCGUCAACUUCUGCCACCAGCACCGCAUCUCUUACAACUUCACCGUCUUUCCUAACUACAUCGGACACUUCGGCCAAAGAGACGCUCAACAGGACUUGGAGAUCUACGACGCGGUAGUGGACGUCCGCUGUUACGAGCUCACGGCGCUAUUCCUGUGUUCCUUGUUCGUCCCCAAGUGCGGUCCGCUUGGUCACAUGGUGCGACCCUGCAGAAGUCUGUGCCAAGAGACAAUGCGGCGCUGUGGCUUCUUCCUUGAAGUAUUCGGUCUGUCAAUGCCAGACUACUUGCAGUGCGACAUAUUCCCAGAGUCCAUUGACACCGACGUGUGCCUGGGCAACAGAGAGGUGAAGGAGGCGAAAAUCAGAGCCUCCAAGCCAGCGUGCCAGUCGGGGUUCCAGUGCGACACCAACCGUUGCAUCCCGCACGAUUGGCGCUGCGACGGCCACGUGGACUGCGCAGACCGCUCCGACGAACUAAACUGCCGCGUGUGCAAGCGGCCCGGAGACGUACACUGCGGCAACCAGCGCUGCGUUUCGCAGGUGCACCUCUGUGAUGGCAAAGUGGACUGUCCGUGGGGGCAGGACGAGCGGAACUGCUUGCGCCUAAGUGAGGCCAAUGGUGACGUGGGCCGAGGAGAGGUGCAGGUUUACCGCGCAGCCAACCAGUCCUGGUUCCCGGCCUGCCUGUCCACAGUCGACCACUCCACUGCUGCCGAGAUAUGCUCCAUGCUGGGCUACACGAAAAUGAACUACAGCGAAAUUAUGGUCAACGUUCCCCGCCCAACCCCGAGCAAGGCACAAUCGCUGACAUCGAGCGCGUUACUAGGGGGCCAGGAGACCGUCAUCCACGGCGUGGCCAAGUCCUACCGCGCCUUCCAGAGGAGCGAGGGGGGACUGCUGCGAGAACUCAAGGACUGCAGACAUGACUCAAAGAAGUUACACCUCAUUUGCAAUAAUUACGAAUGUGGCAAGCGGCGCACCAUCUCUCCAGUCAGAAAACGUAUCGUCGGGGGCGUGGAGUCGUCUCCAGGUGACUGGCCCUUCCUGGCCGCCAUCCUGGGGGGACCCGAGGAGGUGUUUUAUUGUGCCGGAGUGUUGGUGGCAGACCAGUGGGUUCUCACGGCGUCACACUGCGUUGGCAAUCACUCGGACGUGGGCGGUUGGACCAUACAGUUGGGGAUCACUCGGCGGCGCUCGCACGCGUACUACGGGCAGAAAGUGAAGGUUCGUCGCGUGGUGCCGCACCCGCUUUACAAUGUUGGUGUCGCGCACGACAAUGAUAUCGCGCUCUUCCAGCUGGCAGUCCGCGUCCGUUACCACGAGCACCUGUCCCCGGUAUGUCUGCCCCCCGCACGUCGUGCUCUGCAACCCGGCACGUUAUGCACUGUCAUCGGCUGGGGGAAGAGAACUGACAAAGACAUGUCGGAGUAUGAGCCAGCUGUGAACGAGGUGGAGGUUCCUGUGCUGAACCGUGAGCUCUGCAAUCAGUGGCUGGAGCACCGCGAUCUCAACGUCACCGAGGGCAUGAUCUGCGCAGGGUACCCCGAAGGUGGCAAGGACGCCUGCCAGGGAGAUUCAGGAGGUCCGCUGCUCUGCAAGGACCCCGAGGAUCCGUCACGCUGGUAUGUAGGCGGAAUCGUGUCUUGGGGCAUUAAGUGUGCACACCCGCGGCUACCCGGGGUAUAUGCCUACGUGCCACGCUACGUGCCCUGGAUACGAGAGCAGAUCGACCACUACAACGAUCACGAGGUGCCCUCAGAUCCCGACCUAUAAACCCGCUCACGUCCAAGGGCGUGUUAGUGCGGAUGCGGUUCAGAAACAUUCCGCACUUGUACUCCGGUUACUCAAUUAGGUGAUCAUCGGAGACUGAAGAUGAGAGCUGCGAAUUGUUCCUGUUCUGACAAUGGACUAAAGGCACUGACCUGUAUAAAUACCACUGGACAGGCUGUUCCACAUUAUUAUGUUUAACAGCAAAUUUUUGUGCCUAUUUGAAGCGCCACUCGCGAAAAAUGGCUGAGAAGGGACGUAUAAAACUCUAAAGUAUUUUUGCAUUUCGAAUUAAUUUCGUUCGUUUUCCGUGUUAUUUAUACUUCAAGAAUCAACAUAAUAAAGUAAACAUUUUUUUCGUAUUUAGUUUCCCACCAUCUAUCAUCUGUUUGCUGAGGUUGUUAUCACUAGUUUUAGUACCGCAGACUCUCGCUACAUGGCCAACAGUGCCAAAAUGGUGAAUAUCAAACAGGCACAAGAGCACUUUGACAGCCGCCAGUCCAUUGGUAUAUAGUAGUGGUCAGUGACUAAAGGCAUAUAAUAUAUACUGAACUCUAUUUUUGUACUAUGACAAUAAUAUUGACAGGUAUAGUCGCCACAUGCGAGUGUGCCAUUAUAUAAAUGCUGUUUUACAUUCUAACUGAACUUACGUCGCAACUGAUGACAAUAAUAAUAUUUAUAAAUGUAAUGUAUAUUAAGGAUGUACCCGUUACAAUAAUAUGACAAUAAAGUAACUUAAAUAUGACAAUAAUAUUUCUGAUAUGUAUAA